GGUUGAUUUAAAUUUUGCGCUUCAGCAAGCUUUGAGUUUUAUAUGCUUUUAACGAUGCGAACUGCAAUACACAAAGUAGGCUGUAAUGAAGAAAGAAAACAUUUAACAUUUUCGACAUUUGUUCGUUCAAAAUUUUAAGUGCAUUUUCUUUACUUAAGUUUAAUUUUAAAAAGCGGAUCUGAAAGUGUGGAAACUCGAGGCCAUGAAUCCGAUCUUUUUCUAUGGCUACACCGUAGCCGGUAUUGGAUUUGUCGUUUCGGUGUUUUAUUUGGGACUGUUUAACAUCUGCCAGCAACGAAACUUACGCCUGGUUUUGGAGAAUGCGACCUUUCGACAGUUGUACGAAGGCCGAAGACAUCGGACAGCAGCGCAAAAGUACACCAAUCGCCAUCGUACGAAACUGAUCACACGGCGCAUGCUGCACAAAAUCAAUCAACUCUCACCGCGUGUUCAUCUGCACUGUGAUGGGCCCCGCUGGAAGCUGAUCUACAUGCCGGGUGGAGAUAUAAGGGCGAUACCCUUACCACCCUAGAGGAGGGGACUGGGCAAAGGAAGGAAUCAAUUGCACGGGAUGCGAACACACUAGAGCGAUAAAUCAUUCUGCGCGAAAUCUCGAUCAGUAUUUUCCACCGCAAUAAACCAAGUGCAUUUCGUACGUUAGGGGCAUGCAGCACGAUGCAACACAGCACGAUCAUUUUGCUAGAGGGAUGAUCCUGCUAAUCUCACGCAACUCAACCCCUCGGUGGGAGUGUAGAAAUAAACUAAAAAAUAAAAGAUUGUUGGAAAUGUCUUCCGGAAGGCAUGUGAA